UAUUGCCAAAUAGAAGAAUUUGAACAAGUGUUUUAAUUAAAAAUAAAAAAUAAAAAGAGAAAGAAUUUGAACAAGUUUGAUUUAGCAAAUUCUCCAAGAAGACAAAAAGAAAGGAAGGAGAGGAAUCGAAGGCCUAACCUGAACAGAUUCCAUUUCCUUCUAUCAUCACCUCACCCUCACCGAAUGCUCUCUCUACUCACACACACCUGAUUCCUCCUCCUCCACCUUCUUCAUUUCGUUUCAAUUUUUCAUUUCAAUUCUCCGAUUUCAUCGCAAAAUCCCUUACCAUGAACGAUUUCGAUGGCCUUUUGGCUCCCGAUUUCGGUCUCAAACCGCAAGGUAAAUCCGCUCCAAUGGCUCCUUCAUCUAAAGGAUCUUCCAACAAUCCCAAUUCAACUUCUCUCAACUUCGAUUUCGGAUCGCGAUCCGCUCGUGCAUCCGAUUCCAGAUUCGGAUCCUCAACCGCCCGUCACACGCGCGACGCCGGCAGUUUCGACGAUCUGUUCUCCUCUACCGGAUCCAAGCCUCGCGGAGCCGAUGCACCGUUCGAUUUGGACUCCAUGUUUACGGGAUCCGGCGGUGAUUUCGCAUCUAAGUCGGGGAAUUCUUCUCCGCCGCCGGUUUAUGAUAAGCCGGUGUACGAUGAUGAUGUUUUUGACGGUGUGCCUGGGUUGAAGAGCACGGGGAAGGUUACUUUUGAUAAUGUUUUUGCGUCACCGAAAUCGGAAAGUGAUGGUGCAUUUGAUGACCUUCUCGGUGGAUUUGGUAAGGAAUCGAAGGGUUCCGGUAGGAAGGGUUCAGAGAAAGAUGAUAAAGGUGGUUCUGAUUUUGAUGAUUUACUACCUGGAUUUGGAAGAAGUAGACCACCGUCUAGUGACAGGCAUGCACCUGAUAUUGGUUUGUCAUCGGAACCAACUGCAAGCGUAUCUAAAACGACAUCCACUGCAACAGAAGACCCUUUCAAAGUAUUUGAAUCAACUUCACCUCCAAUGCAUUCAUCCACUGGCAACUAUACCGACCCUUUGGAAGAAAUUGGUAAAUUUAGUAGUUCUAGAAGCACAAAAAAUAGUAGUUCAUCAACUUCAAAUGGAAGAGUAUAUGAAGAUAUUGACCCUUUUGAUGGGCUCGGAAGAUCUGUUCCAGCAUUCUCAUCUGAGAAAAAUAGCAGUAAGACUAACAGUUCUCAAGGGUUGAACACAAACACAAGUUGGACUAGAGAUAAAGAGCCUACUGAUAAGUUGUCUGAGACGAGUCCGGAUAGGCACUCACCAAAAGACACUCCCGUUGAAAGUGAUCCGGAUUUUCUGCAGCCCCCAUUUUACAUGCCUACAUUUUCAUCUGAUUCUAAUAAACCAGCUGGCCAAAGGUCUACUUCCCCUCCAAAUAACAUGUCUCCAAAGUAUGAAGAAAACUUGGAAUCUUAUGAGGAUGUGUGGCUAACAGUGUCAGAGAUUCCUCUUUUUACGCAACCAACGGCGGCUCCGCCACCUUCAAGACCUCCUCCUCCACGACCAGUGCAUAUUCGCAAGUCAGGAACAGGGUCCCCGGCUUCUACUAAUACUAGAAAGAAGGCUGAUGAAUUUUCUUCUUUCCCGGGUUCCACCCGAUCCUCCCAUGGUCCUAAGUCUGCUCCAGCUGCUGCAGCAGUAUCACCAACAUCUCAGUUUGAUGAACUUGAUGAUUUUGCCAUGGGCAGUAGUCAUAGUAAUGAUGUUGAGAGUGGAAAUGGUCUUCCUGACGAUGAGUGGGAGAGGAACACGGCUGCUGCAGCCAUGAAGGAAGCAAUGGAUAAGGCUGAGGCUAAAUUUAGGCACGCGAAGGAAGUUAGGGAGAGAGAGUAUACAAAGGCUGCUAAAAGCAAAGAAACUGUGCAAUCGGAAAAAGAUGACAGAGCUGUACUAGAGGAGAGAGAAAAACAAGAAAGGUUAGAACGUGAGCGGCAGCAAAAGGAGAGAGAGGAAAAGGAGCAAAGAAGAUUAAUGAAGGAAAGGGAGGAGAGAGAUAAGGCUAGACAGGCCGUAGAAAGAGCUACAAGAGAAGCUCGUGAAAGAGCGGCCACUGAAGCACGCCAGAGAGCUGAGAGGGCUGCUGUUGGGAAAGCUAAUGCUGAAGCUCGAGAGCGUGCUGAAAGAGCUGCUGUGCAAAGGGCACAUGCUGAAGCCCGUGAAAGGGCUGCUGCAGAAGCCAAGUUAAGAGCUGAAAAGGCUGCUGCAGAGGCAAAGGAGAGAGAAGCACGGGAAAGAGCUACAGCUGCAAGGGCUGAAGCUGAAGCACGAGUUAAAGCUGAACGUGCUGCAGAAAGGGCUGCUGCCGAGGCCAGAGAGAGGGCUGCAGCUUCUGCAAGGAUGAACCAACAGAAGAAUGAAAAUGAUCUUGAAUCCUUCUUUGGUAUGGGUGCAAGACCCAACAGUGCUCCAAGGCCUCCUAGGACUAAUUCUACAGAGUCGGUAUUUGAAACCCAAUUUCAGUCCGAUGCAACAAGGAAAUCUACAAGUGUAUCUUCAAAUAUGAAGAAAGCAUCAUCGUCGACUAAUAUUGUUGAUGAUCUAACAUCAAUUUUUGGAGCUGCUCCGUCAUCUGGAGAGUUUCAAGAAGUUGAAGGGGAAACUGAAGAAAGACGAAGAGCUAGGUUGGAACGCCACCAGAGGUCUCAGGAGCGUGUGGCAAAAGCAUUGGCUGAGAAGAAUCAGCGGGACUUGCAAAGUCAAAGAGAGCAAGCUGAGAGAAGUAGGAUUGGUGAAACCCUGGAUUUUGAAAUUAAGCGGUGGUCUGCAGGAAAAGAUGGGAACUUACGAGCUUUGCUCUCCACCUUACAAUAUGUGCUGUGGCCUGAAUGUGGUUGGCAGCCGGUUGGUUUAACUGAUUUGAUUACAGCCGCUGCUGUUAAAAAAGCUUAUAGGAAAGCUACUUUGUGCAUUCAUCCUGAUAAAGUGCAGCAGAAAGGUGCCACUCUUCAGCAGAAAUAUAUUGCGGAGAAGGUGUUUGACCUACUCAAGGAAGCGUGGAACAAAUUCAAUUCUGAGGAGCUCUUCUAAUUGUCGAUGAAUUUAUAUACUUCAAGGUAAUUAAUUCGUUGGAAGUUCUGUUCAGAGGAGACCACAACCCUAUUUCUGCUGCCUCCCAAAAUUGCAUAAUUGUUUUGAUUGAAGUUAUGAUGCGUUGUUGGUAGCAUAUUGCUUCUCUGCCUGGUUUUCUUGGUUGUCAUUGAUGUUCUUCCCGGGGGCUGUUGUGUUUCUAUACAUGUUUUAUGAAUGUAGCAUGAUUUGUUGAUGUAAAAUAUCUUUUUGUGCUAUCAAUUUUAUUAUUCAUUAUCCUUGUCUAGUGAGAGGGCUCACAAGCCGACAAGCGAUCCCUUUUCUUUUUAUUCUCUUAAUUUUGGUUCAAGAGAGGGCCCCGCCAUGAUGUGGUACUGGGAUGCCCAUCUUUUGUACUCGUGAUAUAUAGCACGAUGUCUUGAAUAUAUACCAUCUUGUGGAUUUACAUCAAAAACUGAGAAUUAUACAUGAAUAUUUGUUCUCAAGUUUCUGUAUUUUAAUUAUUAAAGUUAGUGCUGUCAAAUAGAGGGAUUUGAACAAA